AUGUCCAACUAUCCGACCUUCACCUUCGAAACCACGGCCGAAGAAGUCGCCGAUACUUUUGCGAGCGAAAUCAAGGGGAAAAACGUUCUUAUUACUGGAACAUCCCUCAACGGUAUCGGGUAUGAAGCAGCUCGGGUUGUUGCCAAAUAUGCCAACCUUAUCAUCAUCACUGGAUAUAAUGACGAAAGGUUAAAACUUUCUGAGACAGCUAUCAAGAAAGAAAACCCCACUGCGAACAUCCGACGUCUUACCCUCGAUCUCUCGUCCCUCGCAGCAGUCCGUAAAGCUGCAGCGGAAGUAAAUGCUUACUCCGAACCAAUCCACGUCCUUAUCCACAACGCUGCCGCUGGGCUCGGGCCAUUCAAAACCACUGUCGACAAACUAGAGCUACAGUUAGAAACAGACCAUGUUGGGCCAUUCCUUUUCACCAAACUACUCAAACCGCGGCUUUUGGCGGCCUCGAGUACUACAUACAAGCCGCGAGUCGUAUUCGUGUCGAGUGGCGCACAUGCGUGGGCGAACGGUCUCGACCUCGCCGCCUUCAAGACGCCCGAAGCGGGCAAAUACACUCCAGAAGGGGCUUACUUCCAAGCCAAGUCCGCCAACAUCUUGACAGCGAGCGAGCUUUCACGCCGUUCAAAGGGCGCGAUUUUGGGCUACAGUCUGCAUCCGGGAGUUAUUCUCACUAAUAUCAACACUGCCGAGGACGCUCUCCCGAUUAUGAAGGCCAUGAAAAUCCUCGACGCUGACGGGAAGCCCAACACGAAAGACUUCCAAUGGAAAACAAUCCCUCAAGGCGCGGCGACCACGGUUACUGCUGCUUUCGACCCUCGCAUCAUCGAAACUCCUGGUGCCUAUCUGGACGACUCGAAGGUUGCGACCGAGACUGUUGCUGCUCAUAGCACGGACGUAGCGAAUGCGGAGAAGUUGUGGGCAGUUACGGAGGAGAUUAUAGGCGAGAAAUUUGAAUUUUAG